AUGACGGGUAACAUACCAGCUCUGUUAAUAGAGCCUCGUCCGGAAGAGCUCCAUCCCGACGUUGACCGCACUCUCGCCGUCAAUCUCACACGCCUUCUUACGCUGGGAGAAGCCAACUGGUUUGUGUCCCGAGGCAAAGGUCCCCGCGAACGCGAAAUAUGCCUGUGGUGCCGGGGUCCUCUGCACGAGAAGUGCGAGAUUAUCACACACAUGGAUGGAAAGUGUAACAACAGCUGGGCAUUAAGCUGCUUUAUGGAAUGGAUCAACGACCAACUUGACGACGUGGAGGCUUACAAACUCAGCUGUCCCAUGUGCGGUGUCCAGUUUUAUCACAGCAGGCGCGAUGAAGGGCUCAGGCUGGGUCCAACACUUCGCUCAGAGAUGCCCGCGGCAUGGUUUCGCGUCACACUCUUCUGCCCGGAGGCCAUCCACCAGAAAGCGGAGAACGGAUUCCCGAUAAUCUUUAUGUCCAGCGAACAGGUCGCAACAUUACCGCUCUGGGGACGCCACAAGAAGCUCUUUGAACAGAUCAACGAUAUUCCGGUCCAAAUCCGGCAAACAGGUCCCUACUAUUCCAUCGACCACUGCAAAUAUAUGGCCAGUGGCAAACCCUCUCCCUCGAAGUCCAAGCGGGCUUUUGACACUUGGGUGCUAAUCAAUUUUGGUCACAAUGAAUUCCGCAUGUCCCCCUUCCUCCCCGACGUUGCGAACCAGAUCCUCCAGGAUCUUCUCCUGGCCAAGGGCCAAAGAGAUUGCCAUUCUGAUGUAUGGACGGCCGUGACGGCCGAACCACUCAUGCACGCCGCGCGUCAAGAGGGUGGUCUCAAAGCGGCACUUGAGGCCUUCAAACCCUUCGACAAUACCAUGGAACAAAUGGGACUCGAUGCAGCAGCCAAAAUACGUGGAAUUAUCCAGCGGAUUGAACGGGGACAAGACACAACGUCGUCGGCGUCGGCGUCGGCGUUAUUGCCGCCCUCAAUCCACCCCUUUCUCUUGUACGGCAUAUACUGGAAACUCUUGGCUGUGCUGGGUCUUCCUAUUUCGGAAUCUGAAGAUUUAGAAUCGUCGCAUAGUGAGGAGUCGGAGGAGGCGGAGGGAUUGAACGACGAGGAAUAA